AUGCUUCACUAUAGCAAUUUCAAAACGGUCAAAAAAGAUCUCGAGAUUCCGGGACUCGGAGAACUCACCGGUCUCGAGUUUGAUAACGGCUCAGAACAGUACUUGGGAAUUCCGUAUGCGACUUUCCCUCGGCGAUUUGCACCUUCAAAGGUGUUGACGGAGUGGACUGAGUUAGAGAAAGGUGUCAAACGCGAUGCCACCAAGUAUGGGCCAGAAGGGGCCCAGCCAUACACUCCCAUGUUCUUCCCAUUCCAGCCCCGUCCAUGGCUUCCAGACGAUGGGUUGGUAGUCCAAAGGACCGACCGCAAAGAGAUGCUUACGCUCAAUGUAACUGUUCCCAAGACCUCCAAAGACCAUUCCAAAUUGCUCCCCGUGAUGGUUUGGAUUCACGGUGGAGCAAACACGAUUGGUGGAUCUGCUACCUGCGAGUUUGAUGGUAUUUCACUAGCCACUCUUUCAGCUGAAAUCAGCAAGCCAACUAUCAUCAUCACGCUCAACUAUCGUCUUGGAUACUAUGGCUUCUUGUAUUCAAACGAUAUUCGCAAUUUCAAUCUCAAAGAAGGGUUCGGCGAUUCAGCCAAUUUUGGGUUCUGGGACCAGGUCAAUGCGCUCCGUUGGGUUCAACAGUACGUUCACGCAUUUGGCGGCGACCCCGAGAAUGUCACAAUCUUUGGCCAAUCUGCCGGUUCUGCGGCUGUAAACAUGCAUUUGUGGCGAGGCGAGAAACUGUUUAAAAGGGCAAUUCUCCAGAGCGGCUCAAUCAGCGUAUGUGGGAUCGAUGAUCUGGAAAGUGCCGAUAAGUUUUAUUUUAGAUUGCUUGACCAGCUUGGAAUUGACCACAAUUUACCAGGAGAUGCCAGAGUCGAACAGCUUUUGAGAAUCGAAAGUUCUGUAAUGGUGGAAGCACAGGAGGCUCUGUUCAAGGACCAAGAGUUCUCGAUAGUGCCCUAUGUCAUCGAUGAGCACCUGUUUCCGAGCUCUGGUAAUCCUCGAAUUCCUGCAGAUUCGGGAUAUCAGAUUCCCGAGUUUGUAGAUUCUUUGAUGAUUGGAGAUACUUAUGAAGAGUUUGGCCCGAGGCCGGAGUAUUUAGAGAAAACACCCGGUCCGGUGCUCUUCGCGCACUUGAAACAAAAAGCUUCACCCGAACUGUUUGAGAUUUUGACAGAACACUAUGAUCUCUAUCCUGAUAUGACAAGGGACGAUUUGAGCACCGUUGGAACAGCUUUGGUAACCGAUAGCACAUUUGCGUUGCCAAACUUUUCACUUGCUUUGUUGAUUUCAAGCGAAUUGCCUAUUUAUUGUUUCCAUUUUGAUCAGAAAUCAGAUUUUGAGCCUACCAAAGGAAUGGCACACCAUUCACUAGACUUUAUCUAUAUCUGGAACAUGUUCAAUGAGGUUUUCCAAGACCCACGGUCAGCCGACCUUUCUCGGAAAAUGGGCACUCGAUUCCUGGAGUUCGCGAAUGGACUAGAACCCUGGUCAAGGUAUGAAGGAAUUGACCCCAAGUAUCAGAUCUUUGGGCCUGAUGGCGCUGACAAGGUGUUGGCCUUGUCAGAAGAUCUUCCCAGAAAGAAACGGUACGAGGCCUGGAAGAAAAUUUGCGCAAAAGGCCUCCAGCGCGAGUUUUAUAGGGUCUGUUGGGAACUUGGGUAUGGCAAAUAG